AUGGAUCUGGCGAGUUCUGAGAAAAAUGAUACAAACGUUACUGUUGAGAGAUAUGUUAGCUCAUUGUAUAAUCUUACGCAAGAAGAUAGCAACUGGAUCGUCACGAGUUCCUUCAUGAUUUUUACAAUGCAAACAGGUUUCGGAAUGUUAGAAUCCGGCUGUGUAUCUUUGAAAAAUGAGGUCAAUAUCAUGAUGAAGAAUGUAGUCGAUAUAGUUCUUGGUGGCUUGACUUAUUGGAUUUUUGGAUUUGGAUUCAGCUUUGGCUUGAGCAAACCCAACAACCCUCUGAUCGGCAUCGGAGGUUUACUCGUUGAUCCUCCCGUCGACGACGAGUACAUGGGAUCCAUUUGCGCCGCAUUUUUGUUUCAACUGAGCUUCGCGACCACCUCUACGACUAUCGUUAGUGGUGCUAUGGCAGAACGAUGUAACUUUAAGGCAUACUGCCUCUUCUCAUUUUUGAAUACUAUCGUGUACUGCGUACCAGCCGGGUGGGUGUGGGGCGAUCAUGGUUUUCUGAACCACAUGGGGGUCGUUGAUAUUGCUGGUUCAGGUCCGGUGCAUCUUGUUGGUGGUGUUUCAGCUCUCGCUUGCGCUAUCAUGCUCGGUCCUAGAAUAGGCAGAUACGAUAACGGCAUCGACCCUCUACCGCUCGGAUGCCCAGUUAAUGCUAUUAUGGGACUGUUCGUGCUAUGGUGGGGCUGGUUAGCGUUCAACAGUGGUAGUACUUACGGAGUAACCGGUGAUCGGUGGCAGUAUGCCGCUCGAGCGGCUGUCUCCACGAUGAUAGCCAGUAUGGGAGGUGGUCUAGUCGGUUUAGGAUUCAGCUUGACUAAUCCGAAUGGAAUUGAUAUCCUUAGUCAGAUAAACGGUGUUCUUGGCGCACUGGUGGCAGUUACCGGUGGAUGUUUCCUCUAUAGAAACUGGGAGGCGAUAAUAGUUGGAAUGGUAGGUGGUUUUAUCACGUGUAUGGUAAUGCCAGCAUUAGACAGAAUUCAUAUAGAUGAUCCCGUUGGUGCAGCUGCUACUCACGGCGCAAGUGGUAUUUGGGGAGUUAUUGCUAUCGGUUUAUUUGCUGACAAUCCUUAUCCUCUUGAUACCACAAGUGGAAGGAAGGGCUUAUUUAAAGGAGGCGGCUGGUACCUUUUAGGAGUACAAAGUCUAUCUGCACUUUGCUUAUCGAUUUGGAGUUUCUUCACCUCUAUCAUAUUGCUAUGGAUAAUAAAUAAAAUAAUACCAAUUAGAAUGGCUGUUUAUGAAGAAGUACUCGGAGCAGAUCUUGUAGAGCACAGAAUACGCCAUUCAAAGAUAGGUGUGAGUCGUGCUAUGUCAGCUCUUCGACCGUUUACUAUGGAAGAAGUACUAAGGAAUGUACCUCCUGUAGGCAUGAAUCCUGGUCACGAUUCAUAUAUUAAUCAGCAUCAAAAGAAGAAAUUAAUGAAUUUCUCUAAAUCUGGGAAACCUCAAUUGCCAAAGAAGCUGGUGGCAAAAAAUUCCCAAACCAGGACGAUCGCGGACUCUACGAUAACCGCGGAAGUGAAACCGCAGUUUGCUUGGAUAGAUUAAAAAAACGAAUCCACAGUGAAAUUUAUACUUUAUCAGAGAUGUAAAUUUAUUACAAAUGUAUAAACAUAGAUACGUGCACAAUGUAAUUUCGUUGCAUUCUAAUAUGUCUGAAUAAUAUGUGUAUGUGUCUGUGCGAGAGACACACGUUUCUUAAUAAGAGUACCUAAAUUUUUAUUCAUUCACACAUAAAUAUUGAUCGCGGUCAUAUAUACAUGGCUGCGCGUUCGCACACACGACACAAAGAUAAAUAGACAUGAUAAGUGGAUCACAGACAAACUGAAUUUUAACACUGUUUAGUCAGUGGCACAAAUAUGGUUUCAAUCGAAUAAAUGAAACUAAUCGUUCAUGACAUUUGAUAAGAUAAUGCUUGUUGUUGUAAGAAAUAAAAUAUUUCGAUAAAUA